AUGUCGUCCUCCGCCGAUUUGCUCAGCCAGCCGGUGACGUUCCACCAGUCGGGCAAGCAGUCGCCCAAUGUGUUUCUCAAAUCGGCCAUGACCGAGAGGUUGUGCACCUACGACCAGGAAGAUCUUGAUUCUCGAGGAAAGUAAGUCUGCGGAUCCUUUCAAGCUCCUUCACGCUCGUUCGGAUUCCGCCGAGCGAUCUCGGAGGAUGGCCCAGCGACAAGAGCCCGGCCUGCGAGUGUCGGGGAGCUGUCUUUCCGCCCGAGUCCCGGAUGUAUCACCUAGUGCAGCCUCAGAGUACUGAUUUUUCUUCCGCUCUCGACAGGCCCACUCCCGAAUACAUCAAGUUGUACGAGGAAUGGGGCAAGGGCAAGACGGGUGUGAUCGUGCUCGGCAACAUUCCCGUCGAUCGAGAGGGCCUUGAGGCUCAAAAGAAUGCCAUCAUUGACAAGCGCUCGGUGAGCUCAUUCUCACCGAAUACGAUACCACAGCAGUGUGCUUAUCCCCCUCGCUGCUUUACCAGCCAUGGGAUCCGGUCGAAGCUUUCAAGCCCGUCAUUGCUGCUGCCAAGGCCCAUGGCUCGCUCGUCAUCGGCCAGUUGACCCACGGUGGUCGACAAGUCUCAACGGCAGUCACCUCGCACCCCAUUUCGUCGUCCGACAUCCAGCAGCCCCCUGCGAUGGGUAUGCAGUUCGCCAAGCCCCGACCGGCGACAAUCGAAGAGAUCGACGCCCUCGUCGAGGCGUGGGCCUACGCCGCCGAGGUUUUGUACAAGGCCGGGGCCGAUGGUGCCCAGUUGCACGGUGCUCAUGGGUGAGUGCGGGUCUGCGGAUCGUGAAAGUUUACAAGUGCUCAAGCCUUCUGUCUUCCCUGCCUCCGCGUAGCUACCUUUUGAGUCAGUUCCUCUCGGCCCGAGUCAACAAGCGAACGGACGACUACGGUGGAUCGCUCGAGAACCGUUACCGUAUCGUGUCGCGCAUCCUUGCGGCGAUGCGUGAGCGCGUCCCCCUGGACAAGUUCAUCCUCUCGGUCAAGCUCAACUCGGCCGACUUCCAAGAGGGAGGUUUCACCGAGGGCGAGUCCAAGCAGGUCUGCCAAUGGUUGGAGAGGGACGGCGUCGAUUUGAUCGAGUUGAGUGGUGGAACGUACGAGGGUUCGGGCUUCAAGCACCGAAAGGAGUCGACGAAGAAGAGGGAGAGCUAUUUCCUCGAGUUUGCGGACGAAAUCCGUGAGUAUUGCCUCUGCGCGUUACAUAUCACCAUGGCAGAAAAAGCUGACGCUGCGCCGAUCCUUUGCACAACCAGGCCCCGUAUUGAAGACGGCCAAGCUCGCCGUGACGGGAGGUUUCCGAUCCCGUCCCGCCAUGGAACAAGCCCUUUCGGACAAGUCGUGCGACCUCAUCGGUCUCGCACGCCCCUUGACCGCCGAACCCAGCUUCUCCGGCGAUCUCAUCUCGGGCAAGACGACAGCAGCCAAGGAGAACAAGGUCGACCCUUCGGUCCAAACGGUCACCUCCAUCUACCAGAUCCACCAGAUUGCGAACGGCGCCGACAUACCUGAUUUAAGCGAUGCCAACACGGCGGAGCAGACGCUCAAUAAAGCUUUGGGCAAGGAUGAGAGUCAGGAUGCUAAGCACCCUGAGAACUAG